UGCCGCCUGCUGCUGCUGCGCGGCGCGGCCGAGCUGCCCUUCCACCACCCCGCGCUGCUGCCGCUCUGGUGCUACGCCUCGGGGGUCGUGCUCACCUUCGCCAUGAGCUGCACUGCCCAUGUGUUCAGCUGCCUGUCGCUGCGCCUGCGCGCCGCCUUCUUCUACCUGGACUACGCCUCCAUCAGCUACUACGGCUUCGCCAGCACUGUGGCCUACUCCUACUACCUGCUGCCCCGCCUGCGGCUGCUGGACGCCCGGGCGCUGAGCCGCUACCUGCAGCAGCACCUGGGCUGGUAUGUGGACUGCAGCCUGCCACUGGCUCUCUACAGCUCGCUGGUGCUGCCCGUGGCCUUUGUGCUGGCCGUCACGUGCACCGUGGCCUGCUGCCAGAGCCGCUCCGAGUGCUGCGCCUAUCCUUUCGCCAUCCGCACCUUUGUCUUCGCCAUGCCGCUCAGCAUGGCCUGCCCCAUCAUGCUAGAGAGCUUCCUCUUUGACCUGCGGGCGCACAACCCCACGCUCUUCGUCUACUUCUACCGCCGCUACUUCUGGCUGCUGGUGGCCGCCUUCUUCAAUGUCAGCAAGAUCCCUGAGCGCAUCCAGCCGGGCCGCUUUGACAUCGUGGGCCACAGCCACCAGCUCUUCCACAUCUUCACUUUCCUCAGCAUCUACGACCAGAUGCACUAUGUGGAGGAGGGGCUGCUCAACUUCCUUAAGGCGCCACCCACUACUCCCACCUACCUGGGCACCGUGGGCUACAUGCUGCUCCUCAUACUCUGCCUGGGGAUGGUCAUCAGGAAAUUCCUGAAUGUGGCAGAUCUCUGCAAGCAGGACUAGUCGGGCCAGAUAUUCUCCUUGCCCUUCUUCCUAGUUCUGCUGUUCUGAGAAGAUGCUGCAAACCUGAGGUGAAACCCAUUGGCAAAAGAGCCCACCCCCUUCCAAGAGGAGGUCUCAAGAGGAAACCACCAGUUGCGGACCUGCUAGAAAACUCCUGCUACCAUUUAAACCACUAGGCCUUGAGAGGAAGCGAUCAAGCCCUGCUGUUUAACAACCUGCUGCUGCUGCCUUGCUUUUAGGGUACGAGCAGAACCUGUGUAGCACUACUGUUCAGUCUACUAGGAAACAAUAAAAUGCAUGGACUGUGAAUGCCACUUACUAACUUCAGGCCAGCUAGUCUGGUUAGGAGAUGUUAUUUAAAUUAGCAAUAUAUGCACAUGCAAUGAGUAUUAGUAGGUUUUUAACCAACUCCUAUGUGGAAUUCCCUAUCAGAUUAUGCACUGACAUUUUUCUUCUGUGCUACUGGAGUACCUCUUUGAGGUUAUGAGCACUGAAACUGGAUUUUAAAUGCAAACAAACUGACAGCUCUCUGUAGCUUUUGUGGUAUUAUAGCCUCUGUGGCUAGUGAACUCAGUUGAGUGGACACUACUGUUAGGAUUUUACAGAGAGAGGGGUAAAAAAUAUGAAUGACGGAGUUGUAAUCUAAUCAAGGAUGUCUGGUCAAUUGUAAGAGUGAAGGUUGAGUGGCUGAUGUUGGCAUUCAAGUCCAAAGUGAAAAUCUAGAGCCAGGUCCUUAGCUGGUGUGGUUUGGCACAGUGCCAUUUUGAAGUCAUUGCACCAGCAAGGGAUCAAACCUAUGUAGUCAAAACCCAGUUGCCCUACUCACACAAAGCACUGAAUGUAAGGAGAGUAGGUUUUGGCCUACAGGCCUUCAACCCUACUUGUUUUGUUUUGUUUUGUUUUGUUUUGUUUUGUUUUUUUUAAUUAUGAAGUGUAUAGAUCUGACUUUUGCUCUUGAACUGGAGCAGUCAGGUACUGCCAUCCUGCAACUACUUACAGAAUAAGGUACUAUGGAACAUGAGUACAGGAGGCAGAAUCUGGCUCUCUGUGAACACUAGGUAUUAUUAGUUUGAUAUCCUUCUGCAUUUUCCUAAUUCAGUAUGCUGCUGCAGCAGCUGGGUGUUUUUGAAGCCCUACCUAUGGGGCUGUGCCCUAGGCUGCAGAGGAUCUGGAGGCUGGACUUUCCUUGAGUCGUCAUAUUUUGCCU